GUUUUGUUUUUUUUUUCAAUGGAGGGGGCAAGUGGAUGUGUUCCAAGAAAGUUAUCAGCCAAAUUCAAAGAGGAUUUUGCUUAUCCAACGGUAAAAGAUCGUUUACCUAUUAUAUUAACGAAGCUCAUAGACAGCAUCGCUAGGAAGAGAGACUGUGAAAAAAAUGAUAGGCAAACUGAUCUAAAGGCGAUCAUAGGAAAAUUAUCUAAAUUUCGUAGUUUUCUUAUGACAAACAAGCCCAUUGAAAAAUUAAAUGAUGAAUUGCCGGAUGUUAAAGUAUGGAAUGAUUAUCUAUUAAAUCAGACAGUUGGAAAUGAAAGUCCAUCACAUUUUACGUCUUCGUGGUUGUACGUUGAAUGUUAUUUUUAUAGAAAAUUGGCUGAAAGUUUUAAUAUGAGCACUCACUUCAAAGAUUUCGAUUACUUUUUUGAAAGUAAACAAAACGCUUGGUUUACAUCGAUAAACGCUGCCGAAAGUUUGGCAAAACACCUUCUAUUUGUCACCUCACUUGAUUAUAAGGAUGAAAAGUAUAUGUAUGAACAUUUUGAACAGUUUUUUGAGGUGGCAUUGUGGGGAAAUAAAUGUGAUUUGUCAAUAUCAGCUGGUGCUGAAAACACCCAAACGGUUGAUCCAAUUGAACAAUUAUCUAUUCUUCGACCUAAUUUACUACAUAAUUGUAAACAUGAUGUCUGGGAUUAUAUCUGGAACUAUAUAAGGAAUAAAGAAGAAAAGAAGAGAAUAGAUUUUGUAUUGGAUAAUGCAGGAUUUGAAUUAUUUAGUGAUCUUUGCCUUGCUGAAUACUUAAUGUUGUGUACUGAUGUAGAUAUCAUAUAUUUUCAUGUAAAAUCCUAUCCUUGGUUUGUAUCGGAUGUAACGUCUAAAGAUGUUGAAUGGACUGUUACUCAAAUGGUUACGUCUGAAUCAGAUCAAUUAAAGGAGUUGGGAAGUAAAUGGAAAGAUCGCUUUCAAAGUGGACAAUGGAAAAUCACUAUCGAAGCAUAUUGGACUCUACCAUAUUCUUUUUGGGAAAUGGAAGAAGUUGAUAUGCAACUAUACGCAAACUUGACUUCAUCCGAUUUAUUAAUUUUUAAAGGAGAUUUAAAUUAUAGGAAAUUAUGCAGAGAUAGUAAAUGGAGCAUAUUAACUGAUUUUGAUGUAGCUAUUGGUUGCUUCCAACCCGCUCCAAUAUGUGCAUUGAGAACUGUCAAGUGUGACCUUCUGUUAGGUUUAACUACAGAGGAAGCGGAAAAAUGCGAUAUGCAAAAUAGAGAAAAGUGGAUGUUUGACGGAAGCAGAGCUGUUGCCCACUUUUCCACUAAAAUAUGCCUACCAUUUAAACCAGUCUAAAAGACAAUUCCAUUAUUUUUUCCUUAUAAACUUUAUUAAAUGAACCAAUUUAAAAUUAUCUUAAGCGUUCAACAAAUUCUUAAUCAAAAUAUAGCUUUGUUAAGAUUAUUUGAA